UGGACCGGCAAAACCGCGUGGAGGCGAGUCCCUGUGCUGGGCAUGUGUGGGCAUAUCCAGAGGUACAGCGCGGCAGGCAGCACCGCCCGAUCACCAAACUGGAUACGGUACCUCCCGACCAAGAUUAGUUACGCACAAGACUAUAUACGGAGAAUUUGUCUUUGAAAGGACAUUUCUUGUUAGUUGAGAAGUUUUUAUUUAGGAGCACUGAGAAUAAGAGAAGAUCGAUCGCAGGCCCUAUCUUCCAGAAAAUGAAUCUAUAACCAAAGGCAAAACUUGUUUUGUUUAGGGGACAUAAAUGAUGUCUGAUAAAUUAAAGAUCUGUUUCCGGAUUCUGCGGGAAUCUAAAAAAUAGACCAACAAGGUUCAGGUUAAAGUCUUUGCGCGAAAGCCAGGAAAUUUUUUAUAAUGAACUCGGAGAAAGGAAUGAAGGAAGGAUUUCUGGAAAAAAGGAGCAACGGGUUAUUACAGUUGUGGAAGAAGAAGCGCUGUCUGCUGACCGAAGAAGGACUCCGGCUGUAUGAAUGGAAAGGCGACGACGAAGGGGGCCACGAUCAGGGCUCCAAAGCGAAGGAGCUGCGCUUCGAACGCAUGGCCACCGUCGACUGUGUCGAAUACAAGCGGGGGCUGGUGUAUUUCACCGUGGUCAUGGCGGGAGGCAAGGAGAUCGACUUCAGAUGCCUGCAGGAAGGGACCGCUUGGAACGCCGAGAUAGCCCUCGCCUUGGUCCGCUUUAAGAACCACGUCGCUGUGCAGACUGGGAGGACCCGGCAUCUGUCACAUCUGGGGAGCACUGGGGAGGAGGAGACGCUGGAAUCGCGAUGAAGGGCAAGCCGGGCACCAGCAAAGAUUUGCAAGUGGAAUGCAGUUUUCAAACUGGGAAAUGUUGACUGGAGGGCAGAGAACAGAGCGCGGACGGCCCUUCCUCCAGCUCGGGGUCUCUGGAAAUGUGUCUCGCUCCCGUUCAGGCCUGUUUCUCAGCUCCUUCCCGUUAUCUGACUUAUACAGGUAAAACUUAGCGUGCUGGCUUGGCGGCCUGAACUGUCCCCCCCCCCCCCCCAAUGGCUGGUGGAACUUUGUCGAAGUACGCCUAUCUACGGACUCCCUGGUUUAUAUUGCUCCGAGGCCUGGACUGCGCUCCCGGAGGGUGGCGGCCAGCAGGGGGCGCUGUAGCUGUCAACUUUUUACACCUUUUCAUUUAUUGUGAUUUGGCCUGCAGAAGCAUGUGGAUUGCUCACAGUACUGUAUCACUUGGCACUUGUGUAUCUUGCUUAGUACAGCUUAUAGUGCUGUAAUGGUGUCAUGCUAUGGAGGUGCCCAUACUGUUGUCUUAUGCCGCAUGUUUUUCUGGUUCCUUCCUUCUCAGUAAAGUUUUGUAUGCAAUU